ACUCCAGCGGUUUGUCUGUUGCAUACUCUUCCGUUCGAUUAGAUUGUGACAUUUUUUCUGUUAUUACAAGAUGUUUACCUGGUUAAGCUGUGCUAAUUCCAACGAAGAAUCAAGAAAUCCAAUCCCUGAAACUGUGAUGAAACGAUUAACACUACAGCAGUAAUAAGAAGUGCAGGUAGAAAGCGUCCAGUCCUGAUUGAGUCAUGGAUGACGAAGAACGCUUGGAAGGAGAGGAAGAAAUGGAUCUUGACGAGGCGACGGAUGGAGAUGACGAUGACGAGGAUAGUGGAGGAAUCCCUAUUUCUCCUGCAAGUUCUGAUCAACUGCUUGGCCCAGUUUCAACACCUGGCAAUCUAAUUCAUGAUGAAGUAUUUCAUGAUCCGAUGCGGUGCCAGAAAUUUCCUUUCCCUGGAGGAAAGCCACUUAACAUCAGGAGGGGCCCUGGAAGGCCACGAAAAGAGAGGCCGCUUGUACGAGGAGUACGUAAUCGACCCUUUGGAAGAGGGAUGACAAGAGGCAAGGGGUUUGGGUAUAUGCGUGGAAUACCACGCCGUACAAAGAGUAAAGACGACGACACUCAUUCAGAAUCUCCAAGCCCGUUACGGAUUAUAGAGGAUCCUUUAGGUGAUGGAGAAGGAUCUGGCAUGGACCGGUCAAUGCCAGCACCGGAAGAACCACCAUAUUUUCCAGAACAAUGGCCAGGAAAGGUGUGUUCGUUGUGCAAUUUGGGCGAACGAAGUCAGCUAGGGCAGGGUGAGCUACUGCGAUUGUCCUGUCCUGAGGGAUUUAAUCUAGAGAAAAAAGUGAUCAAAGAAGAAGUUUCUGAAACAUUGUUAGACAUAUCUUCAACUGGAGAUAAAAGUCCUCGAGCAGGUGGCUCCGGUGCUGUUACAUGUCGCCGGCAAAAAAGUCUGGCCAAAUGCAGAAACCCUAGUCUUACAAACUUCACGGAGCCCGUAGAGGAGUUGAGCAUAGUUGGCUACGCAGACGAACCAGAAAUCGGAACGAUAUUCGAAUCUACCAGACACUUCUACAUUCAUCAUUCGUGUGCUCUUUGGUCAAUUAGUAAUCAGGAGUUGAUUGCCGAAAUUGUAAGCCGAGCGGUAGUCAUGGGCUCUUCACGCCGUUGUGCCUACUGUUCGCAUUAUGGGGCCAGCAUUCCUUGCAAGGUGGGAUCAUGCAAUCGUUAUUUUCAUUUGCCGUGUGCCGCAGCAUCUGGUUGUUUUCAAGAUAUCAAGACAUUUACUCUAUUCUGUAGUCAACAUUUAGGCCAAGUUCCACUGCUGUCAAAUGGUGACGUGAGUUGUAUGCACUGUUAUGGCAUGGGAGAUGUUUCAAACCUAGUGAUGUGCUCAAUCUGCGGCCGUCAUUAUCAUGGAAGUUGCGUUGGACUUGCUCUUUUACCAGGAGUUCGUGCAGGUUGGCAAUGUGCAGGAUGCCGUAUUUGUCAAGUGUGCAGGCAGCCAGAGGAGGCAUCUAAAGUCAUGUUGUGUGAACAAUGCGACAAGGCAUAUCACCCUGGCUGUCUACGGCCAAUAGUUACUUCAAUCCCAAAAUAUGGUUGGAAAUGUAAAUGCUGUCGAGUAUGCACUGAUUGUGGAUCACGCACACCAGGUGCCGGUCUAUCGUCACGAUGGCACGCUCAUUAUACAGUAUGUGAUUCCUGCUAUCAACAACGCAACAAAGGUUUUUCUUGUCCACUUUGUCGAAGAGCCUACCGUGCGGCAGCCUACAGAGAAAUGGUUCAAUGCAGUUCGUGUAAAAAAUUUGUUCACGGCACAUGUGAUCCUGACGCUGAUCCUACAACUUAUCAUCAUCGUAAAGAGGCCAAACCCGAGUACGAAUACGUAUGUUUACAGUGCAACCGCAUGGCCCUUGUUAAACGUAAGGACAACGCUGAUGAUUACGGAGGUGAUUCGAGCCUAACUGCUUCUCAAGAGAGUCUCUAUGGCGAUGGAGAUUCUUCAGAGUUUGAUUAUCCCGGAGUAUCAGAGGAAGCGUUGUACUCCAUUGGUUUAGGCAAAGGGAAGCCAUUUUGUGCAUCUAAAAUUGCCAAAAAAAGGCUCGGUCUCGGAAGUGGAGUAAUUGGUCGGCCAAAGGGAGUUGGAAAGUUAAGCUUUCAGAAACGCCAAAAGGUAACCGAAUUUGGACGUAAACGAGGUCCUAAGGCGAAAAUGCGUGGAAUUUUUGGAGUGCCUGGAUUGGGGUUACAGCGACCAAUAUCUGAUUCGUUCUCAAAAUCAGAAGAAGAACCAGGUGUGGAGAAUAGAUUGGUCUUGUGCUCGGCAAAAGAUAAAUUUGUUUUAACCCAAGACAUAUGUGUAAUGUGUGGAGCAAUUGGAACAGAUCAAGAGGGUUGUCUAAUCGCUUGCGCACAAUGCGGCCAGUGCUAUCAUCCGUACUGUGUUAAUGUAAAGGUGACGAAAAUCAUUCUGCAAAAAGGGUGGCGGUGUCUUGACUGUACGGUGUGCGAAGGCUGUGGCGAAAGAAAUGACGAAGCCCGGUUGAUUCUUUGCGACGAUUGUGAUAUCAGCUAUCAUAUAUACUGCAUGGAUCCGCCACUUGACUAUGUGCCGCAGGGAACGUGGAAGUGCAAAUGGUGUGCGCAAUGCCAGACAUGUGGAUCGAACGACCCUGGUUUCAACAGUGAUUGGCAAAAGAGUUUCACACAGUGUGGUCCUUGUGCCUCGCAUACAGCAUGUGCAUCUUGUCAAGAACCAUACAACGAAGGUGAGCUGAUAAUUCAAUGCGUUCAAUGUGAAAGGUGGCUUCAUUGCGCGUGCGAUUCUAUUAAAACGGAGGUUGACGCUGAAAAAUGUGCUGAAGAAGGUUAUAAUUGCAUACUCUGUCGUCCCAGAGACGUUCCUCCACCUCACAUCUUGUGCAAUUUACCAAAACCCCUUCCACAUAAAUAUCCUCGCUCACCUCCACCGGUAGCUCGAAGUCCUGAAUUGCACAAACCAUCUCCUCAGCAAUAUUUAGUAGACGGUGUUUAUCUAUCAGAAGCUGGUAUGCAUCACAUCAAAUCAUUAACUGUUGAACAACAGCAAACGAGAAAAAAGAGAAGGAAGAUUUUACCGCUUUUAGAUAAAGAAGCUGGCAUAAUGGCUACUAUCGAAUCUGUAGUAGCUGGUGGCAGUCUUGACAAUUCCCUUGAAGAUAAUGGGAAACUAGAUUUGAUAGACGUAAAAGAGGAGCCGAUUGAGGUUCUCAAGGAGGGAAUGGUGUGGACUCCGCGAGGUGACCAACCGCCACCAGAAGGUUUUAGCAUUUAUACCACAGAGAAUGGUGUCACAGUCUUGAGGCGGAAACGGCAGCGAAAUUUACAAAAACUCGGGAUAGGUGGAUUUGUUGUAAGAUUGCGUGGAACUCGUAAGGACAAGGAGGAAGAAGGAGAUGGAGAGAAAACGUCUGACGGAUUACUAGGAAUUGCUGAGGAUAAGCCACGUAAAAAACCCCAGCGCAGAAAACCGAAGCCAAAACUUUCGGAGUGUUUUCCACUUUACAUGCAGGAAGCUUUUUUUGGAAAAGAUCUUUUGGAUACCAUUAAAGACAAAGAUAUCGAAAGUAGCAGUGACUCUGAUACCGAACGCAAUGUUUUAAGCAAUGCUGAUACAAUUCAACUCUCGCAGGACGAACUAAAAGCAAUUGAGCAAGUUAAGACUAAGCAGGAAAAAGAAGACGAGAAAUUUCUCCAUGGUCAAUCUAUCAAACGCGAAGAACCCUUGGAAGAUGAAGGUAGCGAUGGCGAAGCUCUUGGUGAUAUCCUUCCCAUUCCAGGAGAUCUACUUGACAGUGAACUUGUAAACACUAUAAUGAAUGAACCGGAUGAAAACUUGGCUAAAGCUAGUGAGGCACUGGAGGACUUACAAGAUACGCCUGGACCAAAUAAAGAUGAACUCACUGACAUACUCAGCCCGCAUUUCAAUUUGGAAUCAAUGGUCAGAGACACUGGCUUGCCAAAUAUGGACAGCAGAGACGUUGAGGAAAUAUUUAAAGGAGUACUAACUGAUGAAUCGCAGGAGUCUCAAGAAUCAUCUGUUUUUCCGACACAAACACAAGCUUCGCAUCCGCCUUCUUCUUCAACUCCAUUAGUAUCACCUUCGCUACAUCCAGGCUUGAGUUUGAAUAGGCCACAGGUGCCUGGUACGUUACCUUCAGUUGGGCAGUCCAAUUUGAAUUCACCAAUGAGUUUUCCACCGCCAUCUCCAUACCAUUCGGAGUACAGCAAUAGUCCGCAAUUCAGUCCUGCAUUUUCGGAACCGCCUAGUCCAUGGUUGAAUCCAGAAGAAGAAGGCACAGUGGCUCCCACUGGAAGUAGCACUGCUAUAACGUAUAAUCAACGCAGCAACCUUAAAAUGGAGGCUGACGAAGCUCUUGGAAGUAGUGCAACUAUAUCUGCAGUUCUAUAUGCAAAUAUGAAUCACCCUGAAUGGAAAACCGAAUUUCCAGCUUGGUCCGAGCGUUGUAAGCAGAUACUGAAACGAUGGAGAGCCUUGACUAAUGAUCAAAAAGCUCCUUACUUGAAUCAAGCUCGAGAUAAUCGAGCUGCAAUUCGUAUGAAGAAAACACAACAGAUACCCAAGGAUUUACCAAGCACAACCCCAGUCACUGCAACAAGCGCACCUACCAUCACCACCAAACCUGUCACAGCUAUAACAUCGACUGAAGUCUCUUCGGUAGUAACUAUGGCCAAUAGCCAAAAGCAAAUUGGACUUUUGGUCUCAGUCAUCGGUGAUAAAUCACAGGAGAAGAGUGGGGUAACUGGUUCAACAACGGGAGUGUCAGGGGCGACAUCUAGCAGUGUUCAUCUAGUGGAGGUGUGUGCGGUGCAGGGACCGCCGAGGCAGCUAACAUCUCUAUCCCCGAGCCCUUCCCCAACACAUUCCACACCACCCUCUACGCCUAGACCCAAUUCUAUCAGCUCUGUGAAUUCCAUUAACAGCCUGGUACACCAAGAGGUAGCCGGUUGCCAGGCUAGAGUAGCACAGUCACCAGUCACACCUUGCACAUCAGCUUCUUUCUGCAAUUCCGGGGGCGGUGACGGUCAGCAUCAAACAUCACCAUCCCAGCAACAUUCCGUACCUCUUCACCUUACCAUCAGUACUAACACCACUACUAACAACCCGAACAUCCCUCAGGCGCGCUCUGCUGCCAAUUCUAUGCGCCAGCUAUCCUCAAUAGACCACCAGAUUAGAGUACUGACCCCAUCUGAAAUCAUGCGCACACUCCCAUCCCUCAGCCAGGAGCACUACGAUCCGCCACCCACUGCAAUUAUUCACACUGUACCUGUACAGGCCCCGCCUAUGGAACAAGACAGACUUUCAAACAGGGAUCGGUCUAGUCGGGAGGCAGAGCAAGAGCGGCAAUGGAAACAACUGCAAGCAAUGCGCCAACAGCAAGCGCAAAUACAGCAACAAGUUAUUCACGAGCAACGUGUACAUGCCAUGGCAAGGGUACACAGACAGAUAAAUGAAGAUGGCACAACUCAAAUGAGCACUGAAAACACCCCAGGAUUAACAACACAAUUACAAGUCUCCACAGCUCAGGAUGGAAAUCAUAUGGGUCCCAUAGCAUCGCCAUCUCCUGGAUCUCGUGCAACGUUUUCGACCCCUCCAAUAAAAAUUACAAAAGGUGUAGCUCCCCAGAGUCCGCUUCAAGGUAUUACACGCCUACCAAUUCAACACGCUACUCCAGUCACUCGUCCGGUCAGCUCUGUUGUGCGGCCUGGCAUGCCUAGUACUUUUGCACAGCCUCCUUCUCCAUUUUCUCCACAACCUCAAUCUCCCCAUGAUUUCCCACAAUCUCCUGCAGCUUCACAGUCGCAGGAUCAUUUCCAACGCUUUGAACCUUCAGAAUCGUAUAAUCAAACUCCUCAAACGUCAAGACCACAAUUUCCCACCACAACUUCAUAUGCAACCUCACCUCGGAACGAUUCUUUUUCUCAACCACCUGGUACACCUCGCCCUGUGUUCAAUGCUCCCACACCUCGUUCCUCACCACAUGUUUAUGCCCCUUCUCGAACUCCUGAUCCUUAUAGCAGUCAAGCACCCACUCCGUCUCCAGCUCCCAGUUAUACCCCACCCAGGGGAGAAUCAAGACAAGAACCUCAAUCACCUGAGGUCUUUAAUCAGCAACCAGAAGUUAAUCGUCAAUUACGGGACUUGCUCCAACGGCAACAAUUUAAUAAAAAAUUGGAACCUCUCGCCACUUCGUGGAAUCAAGAUGGGCAAAGUGUAAGUGAAAAUCCUCAGCCGCAAUUUGAUGGAAGUCAUCCUCAACUUCCUCAACAUUCACAAGCUUCGGGAAAUACUGGAGAAGGUACUUUCAGGCAUCCGCUUCCCCCUGGUAUUGUCAGACCACGAAUGCCUAUUCAGCCAAAUGUCAUCAUACGCAAUCCCAUUGGGCUGAAUGUGAGGCUACCAACAGGAGGUAAUAUUGAAGCCAGAUUGCAAGGUAUCGAUUCUCGUAAAAGAACGCUACUGCAACGGCCACCAGUGCCUGCCGGCAUACCGCCACAACAUUUUCAGAGUGGCCAGGUAUUGCAACGAUUACCUGGCCCGCGAAACCCUCUUGCGGAGCAGUUUGACAUUUUGCAACAACAGAGGUUUCCAGAACCAACUCAAGCCCCACAAAGCUUAGUUCAACGAUCAGUGCGGCCUGGACUUGAUAAUAUAAACCAAGGUAUUAGAACGAUGGGUGCACAAGGAAUAGUGAGACCUCCACUUCUGUCAGCGACAGUAACAGAAGCAAGUGCUCCAACCACUGAAGCGUCAGAAAUCCCAGAUAAUGUAACAGCGGAGCUUGAAAAACUUGAACAAGAGAGUGCUCCAAUGGUAGAAGUGGAAGGUGUUAGCGCAAUAUUGGGAGAUUUAGCUGACGAUGAUGAUGAACUUUUAGCGGAAAUGGGAGCCGAUUUUAAUAUACUGGAAUACGCGGAUCCCGAAUUGGACAAUAUGACUGGAGGUGAAAAAACAAACAUAUUUGAUCUCGACUUAGAGCAAGUAGAAGUAGAAACUAAAGAAGAUAAACAAAAAAAAGUGACAAAAGCAGAAAUAAAGCGCGAAGACGUGGGCACCACUUCAGUCACUCAUCCCGAAAUUCGAGAAGCGACCAGCAGUAGCUCAUCACAGGAUCAGUCUGAUACAAUAACAAACAUACGGCCACAGGCGCAAACUUUAGUUGCAACAUCUCAAAGCACCCAUCAACAACAGCCUGUACCGGGACAACAGGGAACAAAUCCACAAGCUGCAGUCGUGCAGCAACAAAUGCAUCAACAAGUUCAGCAAGCGGCAGCUAUCGGAAGACCAAUGCCUGCUGGAACAAGGCUCAUUUCCCCUGAUGGAGCAAUCGGCGUUGUUACUUCGACUAACACUGUAACAGUCAGCUAUCCGUCUACUUUUCCAGGUCAUUCACAGCGAUUACCUCAAACUCAUAUACAAACAAUACAGCAACAGCAACAGCAACAGCAACAACAGACGCAGUCCCAGCAACAGCAACAGCAACAACAACAGCAGCAACCGCAGCAGCAGCAACAACAACCACAGCAUCCACAGCCACAACAACCACAGCAUCAACAGCAACAGCAGCAGCAGCAGAGGCUAGGAAUGAGAGUAGGUGGAGUUCCUACUAUACCAGGUCGUGUGGUACCUGUUAGCCACAUGAUGGGUCCACAAACGCCUCUACCACCACCGCCACCUCCGCCAUAUCCUGGACUCCCUCCGCCAUAUCCAGGACCUAUACAGAUGGGGCUGUGCCCGGGUGGGCGGGGCUUGGUGCGCCCCACGGUCCAUGUAGGGCACCCUGGACCAGUAGCAGGUCCAUCGCUACCCUCCGUGGUUCACACUGGUGUACCCGGCAUACCACCGCAUCCUCAUCGGAGACCCUUGCUUCUGCAGUCGUGUUCACAGGAGCAACCGUUGCUGCUGGAAGAAUUACUGGAAGAAGAAAAACGUGAACAAGAAAAACAACAGCAGCAGCAGCAAACGGACAUCUCAACACCGAGUGGUGCUUUGCUUAGCGAUAGUGAAUUCGAAAGACUCAGAGCUGAUGUGCUGGGCUCUACUCCUCUCUCUUCUCCACCUCAAAAUUUCAUCUCCGGUGGAGGAGUACCUAUUGUUAGACCACCGUGUGCUACCAGACCUCCUUCAACUCCUGGGGCAGUGUGGCCACAAGGAAUACCUGAUACUGCUAAAAUAGUAGGACAAUCACCGAGACAACCAAUUGCUACACAAACUCCACCUGAAUCAAGGAUAGCGACAUUUAAUAUUCCACAACUUCCAACACCACCAGCACCACCGGAGAACAUUGUAACUGAACAAGAUCGUCAAAUUAAGUUACAGUACGAGCACUGGUUCAAUCACCAAAACCAAAUCCUAUCCCAGCAACUGAAAUAUUAUGAAACGGAAGUUCAAAAGUUACGCAAAAUGAAGAAAUCACUUAGCAGCAAACAAAGACAGUUGAGGAAAUCCGGAAAUGAACUAGCCGAAAAUGAUGCUGCAGAGCUGCAACGAAUAUCUAGCGAACAAGCUAUACUACAGAAACAUCUUGAUGCUAGUAGGAAACAAAAUCGACAGCACGGAAUGCUUAUCCAGGAUUAUCGUAACAAACAACAACAAAGGCAAUCCCAACCACAAACGUCGGAACCAUGUUCUCCAUUGAUGUCUCCGUCCCAGCAAUCUUCGCCAAUGCACAGUCCUGCAGCACUUGUAUCUCAUAGUCCUGGACCUGGAAGUGUACCAUCAAACAUAAUCCAACACCCUCAAGCAAAUUCUAUGAUACAACAUAGCCCAAAUCCACCGUUGCUACAACACAGCCCUGGCAAUCCACAAACUGGUACCCCAGGAACGAUGUCACCGCAUAAUAUGCAGUCUUCUCCUAGAAUUGGGACCCCACAUUCCCAAGGGGAAGACAGUCCUUUCAGUCCAGGUGCUAUGCCAUCACCAGGUAUAUGUGUUUCAACGUCGACACGAAUGGCUUCCCCACAACACAGAUCCGUUAUUACAGGGAGGCUUGCCACAAGUCCUGGAGCUUUCGUAUCAGAUGGACGUACCGCGCAACAAAUGCUGGGAGAACAAAAUGUAAGAUUGCAUUCCCUUCCUCAGCGCUUCGUUCGUCCUCCGAUUGUAGUAGAUGCCGGCCAACGUCCCAGAAUGCAAUUGCAAGGUAGUAUUUACGGACAACGUUCUCCGCUUGGAAGUCCACAGCCUUCUCAGCAGCCAAUGAUGACGCAACAACAACAUCAGCAAAUGCUGCAACGACAGCAAAUGGUUCAACAACAGCACGAAGUUGGUGCAAUAUCUCACCAGGAGACGCAAAGUAUUAUAACUCAAAGAACGUUACAGAUGGUGCAACAAAGGCAGCAGUUGUUACAGCAACAACAACAACAGCAACAACUGGCCCAACAAAGGCAGCAGUUUUUACAAAUGCAGCAACAACACAUGAUGCAAAAACCACCAAGUUCACCGAUGGUAUCGCAACCUGCAAACUCCCCGAGUCCUCAGAUGCACCAAUCUAUUCCACAGAACUACGGGCAACCACCAAGCUCUCCGAUGCCUAGAAGCCCUAUGGUUCAACAAACGAUGGGUUCGCCUAUGCUUCAACAACAGUUGAGUCAAAACUCACAACCACCUAGUCCAAUGAAUAGCAGAAUUCAUUCACACCCUCCAAGUUCUCCAAUGAUACCCCAGUAUCAACCGCCAAGUCCCUUAUCAAGGAAUCAUCCGCCAACAUCACCAAUGUUACAACAUCAAUUGAACAGCACGCAUCAUCCGCCACCAUCCCAAACUCCAAACUCACCAAUGCCUCGAAGUCCAAUGGUUGGGGGAUCGCCUAUCCAAAUGCAAAGGAGACAAUCCAGUGGCAAUAGUCCAGCAAUGCCAGAUAGACCCCAAAGCAUAGAAAAUCCUGGAACGCCAAGGACACCUCACACGCCUCAUACUCCGCAUACACCAUACAAUUCACAGGGUUCGAAUAGUCAUUCAGGGGGAAAUGAUCAGCAACAACAGGAUCAGAUAAUGUGUACAGAUCACGGGAGCAGGGGUGGUGGAAAUUCUCAUAAUCCGAUGAACCCGAUACCUUUACUUUCGAGUUUUGGUAGAUAUGGAUAUUUCAAGCUCGGACUCAGAGGAGGAUCACCGAUGUGGUCUAUGAAACCAGAGUCGAGCAAGGGCAAGACUGCGGAGUCUCACUUACCAGGUGCUGAAGAAAAACCAAAUACUUCAACGUCCGUACACCGAAAAACCGGGAUUCCGCAAUCUAAAAUCAACUCACUAGUAUGUGCGGAUUAUAACGAUUUUGACGACGAUUCUCAUACACCUCCACAAACGCCGCCAACUGAUGUUGAACCAAAAGCAACCUCUUCGUUAGCUGGUACCACCCCAGUACCUUUGAGUAGUCCUGGUGACAAGCUUGAACCGAUCCCUGAUACGACAGAUUACGAUGAUGAUAAAACAAUCGUGAAUACAGAAGUGACAUUAAGCUCGACUGCCCAACGGGACAGCGAUGAUAUUACAGUGAUAGAGCAGUUUGGAGAUUCUGAAUUGGGAGAUGUUAUAACUGGCACUCUAGAACCAGAUAUGCAAGAAGAAUAUGUUUUAUUUGAAUCAGAUAUGGUUGUGGGUCUGUCCGUUGAUAGCAAUGAUUCUCUUAGCCAUGCAUUGGACAAUGACAAUAGUCAGUCACAUGACUUAGUUCAAAUUCUAGAGAUUGAGAACACCGUCAAUCGUGUGGAUGAGGCAGUAUUGAGUGACGAGGGUUCAGUUUUACCUCAGACUAGAAAUAAAAAAGGGCUACGACUCGAUAUUGUGAGAAGUUUACAGCCUGGACGAAAGUUGGUUGCUGUUACUGAUACGCCUGAAUCCCCAGAUCAGGAAGAAAUGAAUGUAGAUCCAUCACCUGGGCCAUACAUUGAUCAAUCACCGGAUCAACAUAUAAUGGUUUCUCUGGUUGAAGCAUCAGAAGUUGUGAUCAUUGACCCAAGUAGCAAAUCACCAGAGGAUAACGUUACCAAGGAGUUCGGUCCUGAUCAAACUGACAAAACUGAACCAAUUGAUCACAUAGCGGUGAUUAAAGAAAGUAACAAUUCACAGUUGCCAAAAAAUAAUGAGCUCAAACACCAACAGAAAGAAAUCAAUACUACUCCAAGUGUUACGUCUUUCAAAUUUACAGAUAAAGUUGUAAGACGUGACAUACCGGUAUCCAGCUUUCAGCAAACCAAUGUAUCUGAUAUCAUCAAACCAUCAGUUCCACAUUCUACUAUUUCAACAAAUAUACCAGCUCAUACGACUGUUGGAACAUGUAGCACUGUCUCAGAUAAUGUCUCAACUAGUGCUAAAGUUUGUUCGAGUGUUUUUACUUUGAAAGAAAUUGUCACCUCAGCUGUAUCAAAAGUUCAGAAACAGGCUAUGUCACCUUCUACCAUGGCCGGUAUUGUGGCCGAUGCUAAAAUCGCAGCUAGACUUUGCCAGGCAGCUGCAGAAGUUACAGUAAAUACAGACACAACUGGGAUUCAAUUGAAACAGUGCAAAGCAACAGAACUAAUUACAACAACUACAACAGGGGAUGAUAGUUACCUUCAAUUCUUACAUGAUUCAAAGAAUAAGCUGCAACGGAAGCUGCCGGCAAAAUUAGCCAUCAGUAUUCAACCAACGUCUGUUACUUUAGCCACUCCCAAAAUGUCCAUACCAGACCUGACUGUCAAAGACAAUACAAACAGUAAUUCCGCCAGUGUUAAAAAUGAAUUGGAUGUGUAUCCCGACCGUUCCGAUGUACAAAACCAUCUCACUAAUCACGUGGGUAAUGAAACGCGAACACAAGAAGAUAUGAGCUCGAAUAUUGUAAAUAGUAGUGCAAAUUUGCUUGUGAAAGAUGGUAAUCAGGCCCAUAGUAAAAAUUCAGAUUCCUUAAACACCACAGACGAGUUGGAAAGCAUGCUGGAGGCCAUCCAUAAUCCUGAAAAUGAUGCUGCCAGUGCGGCGAUCAGUUCAAAAUCAGACAGGAAAACAGCAGAAACUGGCAGAUUAAAGAGAAUGUCGCCUGUAGCUGACAAUUUAUCACUUGUAAAUAUUUUAGAAAACGAUGUAGAAUCAGCCACAACAGCUUCCACAAAUAAGAACCAAAUUCCCUCAUCCACCACUCCUGCAGAAAACCCAAAUGCUGAAUGUUCGAAAAUGCCUUCUACAACUUGUAAUACAAAUACAAUAACUGUUAGCUCGUCCGGAAACAAGUUUCAGAAUCUAACUCAUAAUGAUUCGAAAAAAAAUUUGACCCAAAAUUUAAAUGAAGAAAAGCAUAUGAUGGAUGAGUCAUCUGAAGAGAUCUUAGAUAUGCUGCAUAAUAUAAUUUCUUCUAAACCUGAGAUGGCGAAUACAGAUAUUUUGCAGGAAAGUAAUUCAAGUAAGCCUAGUUUAAUUUAUCCUUUGCCUGGCACUUUGGAUACUUUACCGCUGAAUAUUUUACAAGACUCUCUCUUAGACUUGGAGCAAGGAAAUGGGGAGAGCGAAAAUCCAUCGCCAAAAGAAAGGGAUCUACCAAAAUCACAACGUGCAAACGCACCUACAGUAGAUUCGACGUCGAAAAAAGGUCCUGCACUGCUAUCACAUAUAUCGUCACCAGUAGCUGUGAGUGCUGUGAUUCAAUUACAGAAAGCUACUACAACUGUACCUCAUUUAUCGCCUUUGUCUAAACCAACAGAGUUGACUUCCAAUGUCGCUACUGUAUCUCAUCAGUUGCGAACAUUAUUGUCUUCUCUACACUCUAACCACUCGCAGAGUUACACUAUGUCAGAUCAAAACAAUGCAUCAGCAACAUCAUCGAUAACUGCAACUGCCAAAAUCGGAACCACUGCAGCACCGACCAAUAGUAUAUCCACAACGUUGCAUAUGGCUCCUUCAACAGAUGUCAACCGAUCUUCGCAAACAACUAAUAUAACAACGAGUCCAAAUGUUGACAUCAAAUCUGAUAUGACCAGUAGUAUUGGUUCUAACGAAGCUAAUCAAGUAAAAGUAACUCAAGUUUCUACAGUAAGUGUUAUCUCUACAGUAUGCAAACCAACUUGCAGUGAGCACUAUUCAAGUAUGAAAUCUAGCACUGUGCAAGCGCAAACCGCAAAUGCUAGUUUGGCAACUACUUCCACCAUAAUUUCCAGAAGCGGGUCGAAUUCAAGUAUUACAAUAACAUCGAAUGCGAUAUUGAAUGCUAUGCUUGCUGGAACAAAUUCUGCAAAGCCAAUUACUGCUGGGCACAGAGUCAGUACAGCUCUUACUCCGACAAGUAAUUUACUGAAUUCUGUUGCAUCACCUUGUGUCCAACGUCCAAGUUCGCAAAAUUUUCAAGCGAUGUUACAAGUGAACACUAGUGCCUCAAAUUCACCCAGAGCAACUGUUAGCUCAACAUCAAGUACAUCGAAUACAUCGUUACAAUGUGUGAAAACAGUUGUUUCACCAGUAAUGAGCACUCCCACAGCUACUAUCAAUGUCACUACAAACAUACUUCAGUCUACUUUAUCGCAAGCUCCAACACUACUUCAUAGCCAGUUAACAUCGGGCUCGGCGCUUUACAAGUCAACAGGACACUUACCUAUUGACAAUAAGUCGAGUAAACUGGAAGGUCUUAUUCAAAGUGCAACUGUUAAGAAGGAAACAGAAGAAUCGUUGACAAAAAUUCAGUUGAACUCGGAAAAAAUAGUUCCUGUUUCUAGAUCAGAUAUAGAAAUGACUAAAACCGGUGGAAAUUCCUCUAGAAUAGAAGAGUCACAAAAUGUUCUUUUAAAGCAGCUGUUACAGAACACAGCUUGUGCUACAACAAUUUCAUCAUCUGGAACGAGUCAAGGACCUAGCUUACCGUUGGUCCCCUCCCUGGAAGCUCAGUUGGCUCGCCCCGUGCCACCAACGCCAUCAUCUCUUCUUCCACCACUGCUCAAUGAGGCACCAGUCAGUAAACCAAAACCAAAACAAAUCUUAACCAGAGAAACGUCAUUUGUCUCACAUCCAACUGCACCGAAGAAACCUCCGAGUCCUACAAUUACGGAAGAAGAACCUACAGUGCCACUACCUGUACUUCCAAAAAUUGCAUCUCCACCUCAACAAUCUGCACAGCAUACGGCAGAAAAUGUUUCAAAACCAAACAUGCUGGAUCAGCAGUCCUUGUCACAUCAGGUUACUAAUCCAGGAAUUCACCAAGGAACGACCGCAUCAGUGGUUAAAGAGGCAUCAGUAACAGAGCCAGUAUCAACCAAGGCAAUAUGCUCUUCACCAGAAAAUACUGUUCCUACGAUUACUAAAUCACUGACUAAAACUGUUCAUGAUUCAAUAUGUACAAGCGCUACUCAAAUGCCAAAGCAACCACUACCAGCGUCAUCGUCUGUAUCACAAAUAAUACCUGGAACCAAACCAAAUACAGUCACAGCACCUUCUAAGCAGCCGGGAAUUACUGGUCAACCCACGAUACAAUCAACAUCCGUCACAAUUUCAAAUUCUCAGAUAUCUCAGUUACACAGUCAACCACCAGCGUCACAAAACGCAUCUCUCGUAACUCAGAAACCUUCGCAUAUUAGUAUGAUACAACCAUCAGUGCCUCUGCCGGUGUCUCAUCAAAUGGGACACCAAGCUCAGUCGUCACAGGGUGCUCUUAUACAACACACAGUGCCUUUAGUGGAAGUUAAGAAGGAAAUACUAGAUGAAGUACUUUCAGUUGGCACCCCGACUCCAGGAUCAGAAACCAAAGACUUUCUUACUGCCAAAGAUGAAUUUAUCGACGGAUCCACGGAUGAUAAAAUAGACCUCAAAAAGUUGAAGAGGCGUCAGUAUCAACAAAAACGUAGACAAAGCCAAGGAAAAGAUGCUACAGCUACUCCACAAAAGAAACGGCCGAGAAAAGGGUCUCGCCAGGAUGAGGAUUAUGACACUUUUGUUGAUAAUUUAAUGUCUCAGUUACGGCAACUUCAACCUAUGGCGGUGCUCGAACCACUACUAGGGAGGAAUUAUGGUGUUUGCCCUAUCUUCGGUUUUGGAGAUUUAUCAAAAAUUGGUACGCAGAGAGACUACAGCACUCGUAUUGGAGAUUUAACUGGUUCCUAUGGCAGUGCAACCUUACAAGGGACGGCUGAUCAUUACAACACUCGGCCAUUUGGCGAAUUGCAACCACUUCCAGCACAGCCAGCACCUUCUACCCAAAGAGGCUUCUAUGAUCAAGAAUUUGUACCUUUGAAAUUCGACGAUUCUGACGAUAAGAAGGAUAAUCCGUUGUGUAUGACCCGUGACGUUGAUACACCCGAUACAAUCGUCAGCUCAUCAUCUCCGGAAUGUGUAAUCCCUGAGUUUAUACAUAGAUUUCCUGGGUUAAGAUUAAUAGAAGAAGAAUCUGAUGAAGAAUCUGACUGGCUGAAGCGGGUGUCUCCUGUUAUACCACUGGUGUCACCUAUUCCAGUUAGGCCUAAGCCGGGCUUCACUAAAGAUUCUGCUAAAAUGGACAAGGAAAACUUUGGUGUAUCAAGGACAGGAAAAUCACACCCCAUACCAUUGCGAGAUAAUGGUAACGUCACUGUGACACUAACCCUGAAUAGCCAGGCUGCAGAUGAUAUCAUGGGAGUUCUGAAGGACUUGGCGAAUAUCUUAAACAUUGCUCCACCCACAGGUUAUCAAAUAAUUGAGCGCACAACUACUCCACCAAGUCAAAAGUUGGGACUUUACAGAACGAAAGGAAAAGAUGGUAAAGAAGGAGCUCCUAUAGAUAUCCAAAGCAUUCUCAAUGGAGCAGCUAAGUUCUGUCGUCACUGUGAUGUGGUCAUCCUUAACAGUUUGAUACGGAAAAAGGUUUCAGAUCUACCGUUCUUGAGUAAAGAAGAAUCUGAGCCUGGCGAGGAGCUUUGCUUUUGUUCAGCAGCAUGUUACAUGCAAUUUGCUCUUAUUCAUAGAUCACCGACAGCCACUCAUGAAAAGGCGGCAGCAAUUGUGGACCAUCUGUGCCAGAACUCACUGUCUAGAAUCGCUGACAUGGAAUUGAAGACAGAAGCUCAUGAAAAGAAAUUUGUCAUGCAUCGACCAGCUGAACACAAUGAUAAUCUGAAACUAGAAGCAAUGGAAAUUGAGACAGAAGUCAAAAUUAAAACUGAAAAAGAUAUUGAUACAGAUACUAUUCAUGUUAAGGAAGAUUCAGUUGAUGAAAAACGACCAAAAAAACACGCAGCUACGGAAGAAUUAAAUGAUGAUUCUAUUGAUCCCCCAACAAAAGUUUGGAGAGGUCUUCGAUAUAAGUUAUGGACGCUAGGUGCUAUCCAACCAGCAACAAAGUACAAAAAACCCGUGGAUCGUGAGAUCACAGAGAUGCUUUUUCGUUUGGGUGUUACUGUAAUGCCUGUGAAGACCGACGACAGUCGUCAUUGUCUGUUCUGCAAUAGUCAGGGUGACGGUGCUGCGGAUGGACCCGCAAGAUUGCUCAAUUUGGAUGUUGACAAAUGGGUGCAUCUCAAUUGUGCUCUGUGGUCGGAAGAUGUAUAUGAAACUGUGAAUGGUGCUUUGAUGAAUUUGGACACAGCUCUUCAACACAGUCUUGUCCUAAACUGCAUGGUGUGCGACAAACCUGGAGCUACUGUCAAAUGUUUCAAAAUACGUUGCACAAACGUUUAUCAUCUUGGCUGUGCAGUCAAGGAUGGUUGCGUCUUUUACAAAAACAAGAGUACAUAUUGCUCGCAACAUGUCCAGAAAAAUGAAAAAGAUAAUGAAUUGACAACUUUAUCGGUAUACCGACGAGUAUAUGUUAAUCGUGACGAGAACCGGCAAGUAGCAGCUGUAAUGCAUCAUUCGGAACAUAAUCAUCUUUUGCGGGUUGGAAGCUUGAUAUUCUUGAGUGUGGGUCAACUGCUGCCACAUCAAUUAUCCAACUUUCAUACGCCAAAUUACAUCUAUCCAGUUGGUUACAAAAUAGUGAGAUUUUAUUGGAGCAUGAGAAGACCGAAUAAACGCUGCCGAUACGUAUGCUCAAUUCACGAUGUAUCCGGACGACCAGAAUUUCGAGUAUUGGUUCAAGAACCCUCGCAGGAAGAUGUUGAGUUGCGAGACGCAACACCUCGUGCCGUCUGGAAUCGCAUUCUGGAACCACUAGCUGAAUUACGCCGCACCACACACAGCGUUCAAUUGUUUCCACGUUACGUUUCUGGGGAGGAUUUAUUUGGUCUCACGGAGCCUGCUGUUGUCCGUGUUCUUGAAAGCCUUCCGGGAAUUGAAACUCUUACAGAUUACAGAUUCAAGUAUGGGAGAAAUCCUUUAUUGGAACUGCCGUUAGCUAUCAAUCCAACUGGUAGUGCAAGAACAGAGGCUCGUUUGAGGAAUCAACUGCCAUGGAAAAGGCCGCAUACUCAGCGUACUGGCUCUUCAGCAAGAGCAACGUUCGUACCUACGGCAACUGUUGCUGGGGAAGUAGCGUGUCCUUACUCAAAACAAUUUGUACACUCCAAAAGUUCACAGUAUAAGAAGAUGAAACAAGAAUGGCGGAACAAUGUAUAUUUAGCACGAUCCAAAAUUCAAGGCCUAGGAUUAUAUGCAGCUCGGGAUUUGGAAAGACACACAAUGGUCAUUGAAUACAUUGGGGAAAUCAUUCGUUCUGAACUAGCUGAGACCAGAGAGAAGCAGUACGAAGCAAGGAAUCGUGGAAUUUAUAUGUUUCGCUUAGAUGAAGAGCGAGUAGUGGAUGCUACAUUAUGUGGAGGACUUGCUCGAUAUAUUAACCACUCUUGUAACCCAAAUUGUGUCGCUGAAAUCGUUGAGGUUGAACGUGAUCUUCGGAUAAUUAUCUUUGCAAAGCGAAGAAUCUCACGUGGUGAAGAGUUGGCUUACGAUUACAAAUUUGACAUAGAAGAUGACCAACACAAGAUAGCGUGCGCAUGUGGUGCACCUAACUGCCGCAAGUGGAUGAACUAAAAGUCUAUACACUGCAAUGUUGGUAUCUUUGUGAAAUAGGUUUUUAUGUGAAUUAUGCCACAUGCAUGCAAUAGGUGUGCAUAUAUCUAUGUACAUACUUCAUAGACGUAUUAUAAUAUUUAAAAUGUGAAGUGCCAUUAUGGUUUUACUAAGUGAUUUGUAGUAAAGUUGGUGCAGAGUCAUCACAACAUUCCUCCAAAGUUGUACAAUAUUAGUUUUAUUUUACCAACCAGAAAUAUUAAUCGCUUGUAUAUUACCAUAAGACUCUUAAAAGGAAGACAAAGUGUAAUAAAAAAAGAAGUUAGCGGGUUCUGUAUGUAAGAAAAUUUCUAUCUUUGUAUGUUAUACGUAGUCAAAGACGGUAAAUAAUAUUGUAAUAUAGGAUCUAAUUUAGUUGUUAUUAUUAAUGCAUAUAUGUUGCACUGUAUUUGUACAUAAGUAAAA